GAGGGCUCCUUGCCAACUGCCAUUAAAUAAAAGAAGAAGAAGGAUAAAGAAGAAGAAGAAGAAGAAUGUAGGGGAGUCCACGUGAAGUGAUAACAGGACAUCCGAGUAGAAGACAACAACGUAAACAUGGACGCAGAAGCUGCUGUGAACAAGACGAUUCCUCGUGACCUUGGGAGAGUUCUUGAUGUUGAGCCCCAGGUUGGCUAUAAAGCCAAGGCCUUCACCAAAGCAUUCCUUCAGAACAGCACUGAGCACCAUGCACGUCUUGAUACACAAAGUGUGUUGGAUCGCAAGGCAUUGAUCUUGAAGUAUGCCAGACCUAAGAAAUGCAAACUCAAGAACAGGAGAGCGAAAGGUUUAAAUGCUCAGCAAAAGAGGAAAAUGAAGAUCUUCAAUGUAAAGACUGAACACCAGAGAUAUGAGCUUUUCCUGCCUCUGCAUGAUCUCUGGAAACAGUAUAUCAUUGACCUUUGUGGUCGUUUAAAUCAAACAAGUAGUCCACAGGCUGUCCAGCAGAAGCUUUUGAAGGCAGACUUGCAUGGUGCCAUCAUGACAGUGGUUCGGUCCAAAUGUCCAUCUUAUGUGGGGACAACAGGUAUUCUGAUCCAGGAGUUCAAACAUGUGUUCAAAUUUAUCACCCAGCAAGACAAAAUGAAAGGGGAGAAGGUGUAAAUCUCGCACCAGGCCGUACCCAUAUCCGCAGCAGGUCUCCAAGGAUGAGGCACAAAGUCCUGGUGGCACUAUUUCUGGAGCAGAACUACGAUGCCGUGUUUACGGGCUACGAGAAGCUGCUGCACUCUGAGAACUACGUCACCAAGAGGCAGUCUCUAAAGCUUUUGGGCGAGCUGCUGUUGGACCGACACAACUUCACGGUGAUGACACUCUACAAAACUCUGUGUGGUUUUUUAGUUCCUGUCAUGUGCUCUUAUUUUGCUAUAGCAAUAUAUUCACUUCCUCUUUCCAUGCGCAGGCAUCCACCUGAAAAACCUGAGCCCGGUUGCCAAUCAGGCUCUGAUUUAGUCCGGCGGUGUCUGUCUGACAUUGUUCAUUGUUUCUGCGUACUGCUACGCCUAAUUUGUCUGCAAAAGAAGUUCCGCGGCCUGUGCACUUUGUUUAGCUUUUGCUCAGUGUUAUCACUCCCUUGUGAGUGUGUUUAUUUGGUUUAUUGAAUAAUAUUCUUGUACUCACCUUCUGUCUCCCGUCUGCUACAGUUUGGGUCACGCUGCUUAAGCUGCAUUACAGCAAUGCUGACAUCUAGCACUUUGAGUUUCC